AGAAUCACUGGAGAGUGAUAACAUUUUCCCUUCAGCUUUUGGAUUUUUAUUCCAAAUUGUUUUGUAUAUAUCCUACUAUGAAUCUUCCAUCACUGAUAUUCAUAUUUCUGUUCAUUCUCUUAGGAACCACUGAAAGUACCACUACUUUGAAAGAUCUGAAAGAAAGCUCCAAAGAGCUAGAAGAACGCAUGUCAGAAGGGAAGAUUUCCCACAGAAGUGCGGUGUAUAGAGCAAGGCCAUCUUCUGAUUUGCAUACUGAAAUCGACAGUGCAAGAGCUAAGCAAGAGGACUACAAGCUAAAACUCCUGCUAAUUGUGACUGUGAUGAUUUUCAUGCUUUCCCUAUUCCUGGCAAGUGUCUGCCUUGGUCUGUUCUGUAGACUGAAGAAAAUGGCGAUUCCUAAUGAUACCAGUGACCAGGUGCAAGACAUUAGACCAGAUCUGGCCCACCUAUCUUAUUUCAAACCACUGAAAGAUGUAUCUGACACAUCCUUCUCCCGAACAAAUAGCUCAGAGUGGAGUGGUCCGCCUGUGCUGAUGCAGCAGAAAUAA